GAUUAGCUGGUGCUCAAUCGACUAUCGUUGAAAGUGUCGGCCCGCUGGCCAACUUACGUUAGAAAACAUUAGAUUAGACCGGGCUGAAAUAAAACAGACGAAAAUAACAGUCUUUAGUCAGUUGAUCUUUAGAACUUGGAGUGAUUAGAUAGUAGUUCGCGGGGAAGAUUUGUAAAUAUGCGCGGUUCUAGUGAAAGUGCCAAGUUACCAAUUUUGUUGUCCUUUCUUUUGAAAGUAGUAUUUGUGAUAGUUUGUUGUCAUGCGGUCGGUACGGAAGGUAGAACUUCGGAUGAUCUGAAAGUCACCCUUCCACAUGGUGGAGUUCUAGUCGGUCGGCAUCUUUUCUCGCACAGUGGAAGAGGCAUUCGAGCUUUUCUGGGCAUUCCAUACGCAGAACCACCUGUGGGCGAUCUCAGAUUUAAGCCCCCAGUACCAGCUGCUUCAUGGACCGGCGAACGACAAGCUGUGCAGGACUCCCCAAUUUGCAUACAACGUGACCCAUUCCGGCGUGAUCAUACAAUUGAAGGUAGCGAGGAUUGCCUGUAUUUGAACGUCUACACUCCACAAAAGCAAGAUGUGCUUGGACCAUUAUCAGUUAUGGUAUGGUUCCAUGGCGGCGGCUGGGAGUGUGGAGCCGGUAUCAGCGCAUUUUAUGGACCUAAAUAUUUAUUGGAUCACGACGUUGUAUUUGUAAGUGGAAACUUUAGGCUGGGACCACUUGGUUUUCUGAGUACCGAGACUUCGGAUUGUCCUGGCAAUUUUGGGCUUAAGGAUCAGGUAAUGGUGCUGAAAUGGGUACAGGAAAAUAUUGCAGCAUUCGGUGGAGAUCCGAGCAGUGUCACUAUUUUUGGUGAGAGUGCUGGAGGUGCAAGUGCCACUUAUCAUAUGAUAUCGCCUGCAACCAGAGGACUAUUUCACAAGGCUAUAAUUCAGUCGGGCACUUAUUUCAAUCCUUGGGCACAGCCAGCCCACAAGGGAGUACCAGCCAAGCGAGCCAACAAAGUUGGUGAAUUGCUUGGCUGUAAUACGAAACCCAAUGACUGGAAGAACUUGUUGAAGUGUCUACACGGAAAAUCCGCUGAGAAUAUUACGGCCACCGUUUACGAUUUCUUUGAAUGGGAUACGGAUCCGAUGAUUCCCUUCCCUCCAGUCGUCGAGCCACCAUCAUCCAGCGCCUUCCUUUCAGUACAUCCUCGCGACGUGGAUAUCCCGCAUUCUAUCUCUAUCCCGAUCAUAGUUGGCAUCACAUCGGAUGAAGGCGCUCUGAAAUCUGCACCCCUACUGAAUCUGGGAAUUGGAGAUGAAUUUCGGGAGAAAUUCAAAGAUGUACUUCCCAUUAUUCUCUAUUAUGACCAUCAUCCGGAAGAAAUUCGCGACGAGAUAACAAAGAAAAUUAAUGAGUUUUACUUCAAUGAAAAGCAUGACUGGUCCAAGGAGAAUCAUCAGGACUUGACAAAUCUCUUUACGGAUGCCUGGUUCUGGCACGGCGUCGAGGAGUACUUGAUGAAACGAUUGAGUGCACCCCGAAAGGCACAGGCAGGAUCUACGUACGUAUAUCUUUUCAACCACAAGGCGCCAGCUAGUUUCACGGAGCUAUUCAAGGGUGGAUUCGAGGAUUAUUAUGGUGUUUGUCAUGCAGAGGAGCUACAGUAUUUGUUCCCUUUAGCUGAACAGUUGUUUGUGACAGCACAACCGACGAGACGUGAUGCGAUGCUUCGAGAAGCGAUGGUCCAGAUGUGGGUGAAUUUCGCACGAAUUGGAAAUCCUACGCCAGAAGACAGUGGAUUGCCAACAUGGAAACCGGCUCUGGGCCAUCCGAUAACGUAUGCUCGUAUUGGUAGUAAGGAUCCUGAUAAUUGGGUUGUCCUUCAAAAUGAACAUGGCCUCCUUGAGGAACGGGCCAACUUCUGGAAAGAAAUUAAUGCUCAUCUUCCGGCAGCCGAAACAUCAACAAGAGAUGAACUGUAACAAUUCAAGUGAAAUUGGACCCUCACGCUGUGACAGGACGUCGUAGGUGUGUCUGUGAUUAAGGAGAUUAAUUUUGUUAGGACGGUCGGGAUUAGUUUCACUAGCGCAAUUUGAGGGUAUUGAAUGGUAAGAAGUAUUCCUUUGGUAUCAACAAGCUCAAUGUGUUAUAAGUAAUGAUAUUUGAUAUUUUAUGUACAAAUUUGUUAAUAAAGUCGUGUAAGUACGUGGAAAA